AUGUGUAUGUUUCUCAUAACCAACCCUCGCUACUGUCAUAAUCUCGCCCGUCAUGGCAAAACCCUCUAUCUCUACUAUAACAAGCCUCCAUCUCAAGAUUUAGAAUCUUACUAUAAGGUGACAUCCAAGAGCUUUUUGCCAAAGUUGUAUGGUGAUUACAGGUUUUGGAACCCUAGCCCGAUUACGGAGGAGGUUUUUCUUAUUCCGGUCCAGUUCCACAUGGCAGUUUAG